AUGGUGAGAACACCAUGUUGCAAGGAAGAAGGAAUAAAGAAAGGAGCUUGGACUCCUGAGGAAGAUCAAAAGCUUAUUGCUUAUCUUCAAUUACAUGGUGAAGGUGGAUGGCGAACUCUCCCCGAAAAAGCUGGAUUGAAGAGGUGUGGGAAGAGUUGUAGACUGAGAUGGGCAAAUUAUUUGAGACCCGACAUUAAAAGAGGAGAGUUUAGUCCUGAAGAAGAUGACACUAUCAUCAAGCUUCAUGCUCUUAAGGGUAACAAGUGGGCGGCAAUAGCCACUAGUUUGGCUGGACGAACUGACAACGAAAUUAAAAAUUAUUGGAACACAAACCUCAAGAAGCGUUUAAAGCAAAGAGUUCUUGAUUCAACCACUCCCAAACCGAUCAAUUUAACCGGUAAAACCGGUCUCGAACCAAAAAAUCAUAAACCGGUUUAUUCAUCCGGUCCCGCUAGGCUUCUUAACCGGGUCGCAAGCAAAUACGCAGUCGAUUUAAACCGGGAUAUACUAACCGGAAUCAUAAGUGGAAACACCACAAUCAUCGCCGAGAAUUCACAAAAUUCCGGCGAAGUCUAUUCUCCGACGUCCACAUUGGUCAACAGUUCGGUUCUGAUCAAACCAAUUCCUUACACUGCGUCAACAUCUUCAGGCUUCUCCGACAACUGUUCACUCUCCGAUGAUUUAACCGAUUUUCUUAACAACGAAGAGAUCUCCGACGUGUAUUCGACAGUCGAUAAUUUUGAGCUUAUGGAGGAGUUAAAGGGCAUUUUAAGCUACGGUGGUUCCGGCAACGGAGGUCUUGAAGAUUCGCCGGAGUUUCUUGAUUCUUGGAACGUAGAAGACAAUAUGGAUUUAGAGAAUUUUGUGAGUUCGUUAGAUUCCAAAGUAGGUGUCUUUUUCUAA